GGCAUAGACAUAAAACCCGGGUGUUUUCCGCCGCUUUCAAUAGUCCCCUUUGCAGAGUCUGCCCGAUCGGCUGCUGUAUACGGUUGUAACUGCUCGCAUCUUUGCUCCGAUAAGUGGCCUCAACAUGGAGAAUCGAAAAAGGGCGUUUGAGGCCGUGUCUGGCCCCAGCGACGGCUUCAAAACGCCGGAGAAGAGAGUGUCAGUUGCCCCUCCGUCGGCGGACUCGGACUACAUGCAAUGGGGAGUGGACAAAACGUGUCAUUACCUCCGAAAAGAAGGUCUCCAAGAAUGGGAGAAUACGUUUAGAGAGCAGGGAAUCACAGGUGUCGGGCUGCGGUACCUGGAGGAUGCUAGCCUGGAGAAGAUUGGCAUACAGCGUCUGGGUGACCGUCUGAAGAUCUUACACAGCCUCAGGAAGCUGUGGCAGAUAGAGGACGAGCCAAAGAAGGUGUUUAAUGAUCCCAUCCACGGCCAUCUGGAGCUGCACCCACUUCUCGUCAGAAUCAUAGACACACCCCAGUUCCAGAGGCUACGAAACAUCAAGCAGCUCGGAGGGGCCUACUAUGUGUUUCCGGGAGCCUCUCACAACCGCUUUGAACACUCGAUUGGGGUGGGUUACCUGGCGGGACAACUUGUACAAGCUCUGAAUGCAAGACAGCCCGAUCUCUUGAUCUCUCGCAGAGACAUCCUCUGUGUGCAGAUCGCUGGGCUCUGCCACGACCUUGGGCAUGGACCAUUUUCCCACAUGUUUGAUGGCAUGUUCAUCCCUAAAGCACGUCCAGAGAGCAAGUGGAAGCACGAGACUGCCUCUCUUAAAAUGUUUGACUACCUGGUGGAUGACAACAACCUGAAGCCAGUGAUGGAGCAGCAUGGCCUUGUGCUGCCUGAUGACCUGGACUUUAUUAAGGAGCAAAUUGCUGGACCACUGGAAAUAAAUAAAGGCCAGAAGUGGCCGUAUAAAGGCCGUCUAGAAGACAAGUCCUUCCUCUACGAAAUCGUGGCCAACAAAAUGACUGGCAUCGAUGUGGAUAAGUGGGACUACUUUUCCAGGGAUUGCCACCACUUGGGGAUCCAAAGCAACUUUGACCAUCGUCGCUUCCUAAAGUUUGCGCGGGUGUGUGAGGUUAACGGGAAAAAGAUGAUCUGCAGUAGAGACAAGGAGGUGGGCGAUCUGUAUGACAUGUUCCACACCAGAAACUGUCUCCAUAGAAGAGCCUACCAGCACAAAGUGGGCAACAUCAUAGAGACUAUGAUCACAGAGGCCUUUUUAAAAGCAGAUCCACACAUCCAGAUCGAAGGCACGGAAGGGAAAAUGUUCACUCUGUCCACAGCCAUAGACGACAUGCCGGCCUACACCAAGCUGACAGAUCAUGUGUUUGAACAAAUACUCCACUCCUCUUCCCCGGAGUUGGCAGAGGCCAGGCAGAUGCUGCACAAUGUCGUGCGUCGGCGCCUCUACAAGUGUCUGGGCCAGACUCAUGCGGACAAACCCAUGAAUGUGACUCCGACGAUCGUUCAGAGCUGGGAAGCCGAGUUGGCUCGAUCCAGCCCUCAGAGUGGCCACCAAGACGUCAGUCUGCAGCCAGAGGACUUUGUAGUUAAUGUAAUUUGCAUGGACUAUGGCAUGAAGGAGAAAAACCCCAUCAACAAAAUGCGUUUCUAUUGCAAGGACGACCCAACUACACCCAUCCAGAUACGCAAGAAUCAGGUGUCUAAACUUCUUCCAGAACAGUUUGCUGAGCAGCUGAUCAGGGUCUUCUGUAAGAAGACGGACAAAAAGAGUCUAGAGGCUGCCAAGAAGCACUUUGUGCAAUGGUGCAUUGAUAAGAACUUCUCAAAGCCUCAGAAUGGAGACGUAAUCGCACCUGAGCUGACCCCACUGAAGGCCAGCUGGACAAUCGACAACGAAGGCGAUGAAGAUGGAGGCUCCAAAGGAGCAAACUCGUCUCGUGUAAAUAGAGCAGAGAAGAGCAGACAAAAGCUUUUUUUAAGCUAGGGGAAGGGGGAAGGCGUUGCACAUUUGGAGACAGAGUGGAUGAGACAGUGAGAACUUAGCAAACAUUUUAUUUUUCUACGGAGUGAGUGUGUUGAUGAGCAAAGCGGAGUGGUUUUUAUACAAAAAAAAAAAAGAUUCAAAAGUUUAAAAAAUAUAUUGAUGCGUAUCAGGACUUGCACUCAGGGUUCUUAUUUUUAUAUUAUUUUACCAAAAUCAGGCUCUCGUUAACCAUAAUUUUACAAUUUUAAUCAGAGAGUCAUUUGAAGUAUGCUCUUCCUAAUGCAGGUAUCAUGUAUUUACGUGUAACAAAAAGAACAAUCGUAUAAAAAUGGCUUAAAAUAAAAAAUGGCUGACUUUCCCUCCAAUGUUUAUGAAGUACAUACGGACAGUUCAACACAUUUAAAGCAAGCCUUUGUUUUAACUUUGAUUAUCUGGUGGUUUGGCUUGAAUUUCAUAUUUUAUUUUAUUUUAUUUUUUUUAUGCAUGGAGUGUGUUUGGUUUUCUCAGGUUUGAUUGAAUGUGUUUUUUAGUGCUUUAUUUAUUGUUUCAGUUAAGAAGCUCAGCUCGCUCAUGGCUCUCUUUACCUCACGGUUCUGUGCAACAUUUGAAAUGGUAUUUUGGAUACCGUUUUAAAAUGCUCUCCUCUUACCAAAAUAUGGGAGAUCUCUUUCCGGGGGUGGCUGGAAUGUGUAUAAGAAUAUUUUUGGAAAGCACACAAAUAUAAGAUUGAAUGUAAAGCAACCAAAGGAGGAGAUCCCGUCAGAAUAAAACUCUACCACUCA